AGCGGCGGCGCUAGGGGCACCCGGGUUUCCGGGCUCCAGCAUGGGGUCGCGGCCGGCGCUGCUGCUGGGGCUGCUGCUGCUGCUCCGGGCGGCCUCCUCCUCGCAGCCGGGGGCUCCGCGCCGCUACACCCCGGACUGGCAGAGCCUGGACUCGCGGCCGCUGCCGGCGUGGUUCGACGAGGCCAAGUUCGGGGUGUUUGUGCACUGGGGCGUGUUCUCGGUGCCCGCCUGGGGCAGCGAGUGGUUCUGGUGGCAUUGGGAGGGCGAGAAGCGACCCCAGUACCUGCGCUUCAUGCGCGACAACUACCCGCCCGGCUUCACCUACGCCGACUUCGGGCCGCAGUUCACGGCCAACUUCUUCUACCCGGAGGAGUGGGCCCAACUCUUCCAGGCUGCGGGGGCCAAGUACGUGGUGCUGACAACAAAGCAUCACGAAGGCUUCACCAACUGGCCGAGUCCCGUGUCCUGGAACUGGAACUCGAAAGACCUGGGCCCGCACCGUGACUUGGUGGGUGAAUUGGGAGCAGCCGUCCGGAAAAGGAACAUCCGAUAUGGACUCUAUCACUCACUUUUGGAGUGGUUCCAUCCUCUCUACCAACUUGAUAAGAAAAAUGGCUUCAAAACGCAGCAUUUUGUCAGCGCAAAAACGAUGCCGGAGCUGUACGACCUUGUUAACAGCUACAAGCCCGAUCUCAUCUGGUCUGACGGGGAGUGGGAGUGUCCUGACACCUACUGGAACUCCACAGGGUUCCUCGCCUGGCUCUACAAUGACAGCCCUGUCAAGGAUGAGGUGGUGGUGAACGACCGAUGGGGUCAGAACUGCUCCUGCCGCCACGGAGGCUACUACAACUGUCAAGACAAGUUCAAGCCCGAGAGCUUGCCGGACCACAAGUGGGAGAUGUGCACCAGCAUCGACAAGAUGUCCUGGGGCUACCGCCGCGACAUGAUGUUAGCCGACAUUGCAAGCGAGUCAGCAAUCAUUUCGGAACUGGUCCAGACUGUGAGUCUGGGAGGCAACUACCUGCUCAACAUCGGACCCACCAAGGACGGGCUGAUAGCGCCCAUCUUCCAAGAGAGACUCCUGGCUGUUGGAAAGUGGCUGAGCGUCAAUGGGGAGGCCAUCUACAGCUCCAAGCCAUGGAGGGUGCAGCUUGAAAAGAACGCCACGGCCGUGUGGUAUACCUCGAAAGGAUCCACCGUCUAUGCCAUUUUCCUGCACUGGCCAGAAAAUGGAGUCCUACGCCUGGAAUCCCCCAUGACCACCUCAGCUACCAAGGUGAGGAUGCUGGGAGUACAAGCCGAUCUGAAGUGGACAACCAGUCCAGAGGAAGGGCUCCUGGUCUCACUGCCCACAAUACCACCCUCUGCCCUCCCAGUGGAGUUUGCCUGGACCCUGCAGUUAUUGGGGGUGAAGUGAGCACUGUGGGUCGGAAGUGUGCUGCUGCCUGGGACUCCCUCUUGCUAUUCAGUCACUGAAAUGAAGGAACUCCUCCUCCCUGCCCAGGGCAGCUUUUCCAUCAAAGGAACUCACUGUGUACAACCCUGAAAUCCUGAUGACUACAAGACCCCUGCAGGAUCCACUGCUGGCACCUGCCACAGAAGAGGGGACUGUUCCAUUCUUAUGCAUGGCAAGUGUUUGUUGUGCAUACAUCACUCUGGCUGUCUUCCCCAGUGACUUCAAACCAAGAAUCAGCCGAGUCCCCUCUCUGCCCUAGGGAGAAGGGGAAAAGGGCUCGGCAAACUCAGCCAUUGCCAGACUCUUCCUCCAAGGGGCAGGACAGCCUAGACAGGGAGGAAAAGGCCGGCCAGGCUGCCAGCAUCAGGGAGCCCGAAGCUAACUCAGUGUGCUGACCAUGGGGAUGCUAGCCUGCCUUUGAAAGUGCAAUCAGGUAAAUAAAUGUGGAUGUCAGAUCAUUG